AUGAAAGAACAUCUAAGUACAGUAUUACCGAACCACCAAUUUAGAUUCCGGGAAAAACACGGGACAAUUGAACAGGUACACCGUAUAGUUGACACCAUCAGCAGAUGCCUUGAAAACAAAUUAUAUUGCUCUGCAGUCUUUUUGGAUAUCAGCCAAGCGUUUGAUAAGGUAUGGCAUGACGGCCUCCUGUUCAAGCUAAAGAAGCAUCUCCCACAUUGUCUAUUCCUAAUAUUGAAAUCCUACUUAGAUAAAAGAUGCUACCAAGUGAAGUACGGCGAUGAUCUCUCAGAAGUACACGAAUUAGAAUCAGGUGUCCCUCAGGGCAGUAUAUUGGGCCCUAUACUCUACCUCAUUUUUACAGCAGAUAUCAAAACAACUGACCACACCACGACUGCAACAUACGCUGAUGAUACGGCGCUUCUGUCGGCUCAUAGAAACCCAGAAACGGCAUCAUCACAGCUGCAAAAGCACCGGACAGAAUUUGAGAGGUGGCUGAAGCAUUGGAGAAUAAAAGUCAAUGAGAAAAAAUAG